AUGUUCUUUCCAGCCAAACGCGUACAAGUGUGUGCAGCAGGAGCGGCGUCGGCAGCAGCAGCAGCAGCAGCAGCAGAAGCAGCAGCAGCAGCAGCAGCAGCAGGGGCCGCCCGGCUGCUGCGGCGGCGGAGAGGAAGCAACUGCUGCUGCUGUCGACGCCAUCUUUGCAAUGCUGGACUCUCCAUUGCUGUUUUUGAAGCAGAUAUAAAGCAGUGGCUGCAGCAGGACGAGCAGCAGGAGGAAGCAGCAGCAGCAGCAGCAGCAGCAGCAGACGGGGACGCAGCCAAGGCGAGGCUGCUGCGGCAGGCAAGACUUGCUGCUGCUGCACCUAAGAAGUGGCUGCUAGAUGGCAGAGAGCCGCAGCACAGAGAACGGAGGCAGUGCCCCCGUUUGGCUCAGUGCUGCCUGGGGUUACCUGGGCAGCAGCAGCAGCAGCAGCAGCAGCAGCAGCAGCAGCAGCCAGUCAUAGUGCUGGAGGCCCCAGCAGCAGCAGCGACGUCCCCCGAGAGCGCAGCAGCAACUGCGAGGUCCUUUGCCCGCAGCAGCAGCAGCAGCAGGGGCUGCCCGCAGCCUCCUCUUGUCCCCUACAGCUCUCGAACCACAAACCCUGUUGAAAAGUGA